GCGGCUGAGGCAGCAGUGGUGGUGGUGGCGGCGGCGGCGGCGGCGGCGGCGGUGGCGGCUGCUCGGCCAAUACUCCGGGCCCCCGCCAUUUCGGACUGGGAGCGAGCGCGGCGCGGGCACUGAAGGCGGCGGCGGGGGCCAGAGGCUCGGCGGCUCUCAGGUGCGGGAGAGAGGCCUGCUGAAAAUGACUGAAUAUAAACUUGUGGUAGUUGGAGCUGGUGGCGUAGGCAAGAGUGCCUUGACGAUACAGCUAAUUCAGAAUCACUUUGUGGAUGAAUAUGAUCCUACAAUAGAGGAUUCCUACAGGAAACAAGUAGUAAUUGAUGGAGAAACCUGUCUCUUGGAUAUUCUCGACACAGCAGGUCAAGAGGAGUACAGUGCGAUGAGGGACCAGUACAUGAGGACUGGGGAGGGCUUUCUUUGUGUAUUUGCCAUAAAUAAUACUAAAUCAUUUGAAGAUAUUCACCAUUAUAGAGAGCAAAUUAAAAGAGUUAAAGACUCUGAAGAUGUACCUAUGGUCCUAGUAGGAAAUAAAUGUGAUUUGCCUUCUAGAACAGUAGACACAAAGCAGGCUCAGGACUUAGCAAGAAGUUAUGGAAUUCCUUUUAUUGAAACAUCAGCAAAGACAAGACAGAGAGUGGAGGAUGCUUUUUAUACAUUGGUGAGAGAGAUCCGACAAUACAGAUUGAAAAAAAUCAGCAAAGAAGAAAAGACUCCUGGCUGUGUGAAAAUUAAAAAAUGCAUUUUAAUGUAAUCUGGGUGUUGAUGAUGCCUUCUAUACAUUAGUUCGAGAAAUUCGAAAACAUAAAGAAAAGAUGAGCAAAGAUGGUAAAAAGAAGAAAAAGAAGUCAAAGACAAAGUGUAUAAUUAUGUAAAUACAAUUUGUACUUUUUUCUUAAGGCAUACUUAAGUGGUAAUUUUUGUACAUUACACUAAAUUAUUAGCAUUUGUUUUAGCAUUACUUAAUUUUUUUCUGUUCCAUGCAAACUUAGCUUUUAUCUUAAAUGCUUAUUUUAAAAUGACAGUGGAAACUUUUUUUUCCCCUCUAAGUGCCAGUAUUCCCUGAGUUUGGUUUUUGAACUAGCAAUGCCUGUGAAAAAGAAACUGAAUACCUGAGAUUUACAUCUUGGGGUUUUUGGUGCAUGCAAGUUGAUUACUUCCUAUUUUUCUUACCAAUUGUGAACGUUGGUGUGAAACAGAUUAAUGAACUUUUGAAUCAUCCCUAUUUUGUACUUUAUCUAAUUACAUAAAUGGAUUAAUUAGUAAUUAUAACUUCAGUUGUGAUUUUAUGAUUGGUUUUACUAAAACAUUGAAGGAUCACAAGUUUAUGGGCUUCCUUUCAAUUUACCAUCUAGACAUUAUGUCUUAUAGUUUGUCAUCCUUCAUGAAUGUAAACAGACACUGUUCACAAAGGCUUUCUCUCCCUUUCCACUGCUAUUAGUCAUGGUCAUUAUCCUAAAAAUAUUAUAUUUUUUCUAUAAAAAGGAAAAAAAAUAGAAAAAAAAGUAAGGUAAUGGAAAAUAUUAAAAGGCCAUUGACAUUCCACAUUAGAUAAAUUAACUGUAAGACUCCUAGCUUUUCCUGUUAAGGCAAAUCCAGUAUGAAAUGGGGAUUAUAGCAACCAUUUGGGGGCUAUAUUUAUAUGCUACUAAAUUUUUAUAAUAAUUGAAACAAUUUUAACAUGUAUAAAAAUUCUCAUAGGAAUUAAAUAUAGUCUCCCUGUGUCAGAUUGUUCUUUCUUUAAAUCUUUCUUGAACCUCAAUCUUUUGAAAAUAGUUUUAGUUCUGGUAGUGAUAUUAAAGAUUAUUUGAGCCAGUUUUAGCUUAGUAGGUGUUGAAGAGACCAAGCUUCAUUGAGAGUUUCAUAGCAUGGACCUGUAUCCCCAUGGUCAUGAAGCGUUGUCAUGCAUUGGUUGGUCAAAAUGGGGACCAGGAGACUUUGGAUAGCUCAACAAGAUGCAUUCUCACUGUGUGAUGGUCCUACUGACAAAUCAAGAGCAUCACUUUUUUUUUUUUUAAUUACUUUUAAAUAUGGACUUAAAAGUUACAAUUUGGGGGGUGGGAGGGUGCCAGGACAUUCCUUUUUUUUUUUUUUUUUUUUUUUUUAAGCAAUGAAUUAAAGUUUCAAACUCUCUACUUUUAUAGUUCUUCUAACCCUGGCUAAAGUAACAUUUCAUAAAUGCUUUUCAAGUCUGAUCCAUAUUUAAGAAUAUCUAAUGCCUUGAAAAUACAUAAAUAAUAAAGUCCAGUUCUUACAGUGCAUUUGAAGUGUUACUUAAUUUAAAAUAUUUAAAGUGAGAUGGUGUGGUGAGAUGAAAAUAUCACUGGACUAGGAGGAAAAUGUGUUAGAUUCUAGAUAAAUGUCUUUUAGAACUCUAAUUUUGGGCAGGUCACUGUCCAUGUUUAAAGAAGUUAUUUCAAAGGCUUUACAUCUAUGUAAUUUACAUUGUUUACAUAAAGAUAUACCUAUUUGUCAAGCUCAGCACAAUCUGUAACUUUUUACCUGUAUUCAAUGCCAGGGCAAAAUUGUGCAAGAGGUGAAGUAUAUAUUUGAAUAUCCAUUCUCCCAUAUUAAUGACAUUUUGCCUGUCUACUCUUCCACAUGCCACAUGAAUUGAAUCAUUUUUUUUAAGUACUUUAAUUCCCCUAGCCUCAAAUUUUAUUGCUGCUAUGGAUGUCUCCAUGAAGUUUGCCCAUUAAGGUACAUCAAAAUUGUCUCUUCCCCCCAGGCUCAAAAUAAUCUGACAGAUACCAUAAUGGGAUUGGACAUGACAGCUAAUUUUCAGCUAGUUGCUGUAGCAAUUUAAUCUUGAUCCUUUGAACGUGAUGUCUUUACUGCCUGGUCCAUUGGUGAUUAAGUAGCGAUUUUUAAACCUAUUGUGAACAGACAGGACCCUAUCCAGUGGAAGGAGAACUUAAUAAAGGUAGUGCUCAAAUGUACAUCUAGGAUUAUCCUGGUAACAAUGAUACAUUCCAUUGUUGUAAUAACUAAAACCUUCCUACAGUGAAAACUUUGAAAUUUAUUCAUAAAGCUUACUUUUUAGCAAAACUGAUCUGUUCAACAAAUAUUUAUUCAGUGCCUGUCAUAUGCCAGCCACCAUACAAGGCACUGGAGAUAUGGUAUCCCCAAAGGGACAUAAUUCCUUAUCCUUAAGGAGUGCUAGAAUGGUCUGUAAUACCUUAGUAAAGCUUUCAGCAGAUGACCCAGAGGCGGUAAUAUAAUGCACAUUUUUGUUUGGCAAAAAGGGGGUUUGGUCUGUCAGAUUUCUUCAAUUCUACAAUUGGUGUUUUUCUGUAAUUCUAUUGUAACUGUUUAAUCCAGCAACAUUAUAUAAGUAAUCACUUCAUUGUUUUAAAGGAGUAAAAAUUCCCAAGUAUGUAAUAUUCUAGUUUUCUUUUUGUAUAAGUAAUUAAAAUAGACUUUUAAAAUUAAAUAUUGACUUCUAAAAUAAUUUUAUUGGGGUACAAAUAAAACAGGUGCCUGAGCUAAUUCACAGAAAAGGAAACUUCUGUGUAAAAAUCAAUAUGAUUUCUGAAAUGCUCUAUUAAACUACAGAUUCAUGGAACACUGGGUAGGAUAUUAAGACUUAUGCAAUACCUUUUGUUUCUACACAGAGAAGGAAAUGGACAAUUCAGGAAUUGCAGUAUUCAGGAUGCUUAGGACUCCUGAAUUUCUUGAUGUAGCUGGGCAAAUUUUUUUAAGGUAGUGGUAAUUAUCCUCUAUUAUGUUUGAAUGGUUUAACACUGUUUUGUAAAGAUUUUAAAAGAGGACAGAAUUCUAGAAAUAAACAUAAAUGUUACCUAAUUACGACAGCCUUAAAGAUAAAAAUUCUUGAAGUUGGAAAAUAGUGCUAAAUUAGUCUUAGACAUUAACGUUUAUGGGAAGAAUAUAGCAGACAUUUGUAGUAUUAUUUGAGUGAAUGUUCUCAAUUAGGAAUUCUAGGCUCUAUUAACUGAGUCACACUGCAUAGGAAUUUAGAACCUGACUUUUAUAGGUUAUCAAAAACCUUUGCCACCAUUGCACAAUUUUGUCCUUAAACAAACAUUGUGAGGCAUGUUAAGUUACAGUUUGCACAACUCAUCUCAUUUUUAUUCUAGUGAUUUUUUUUUUGUCUUCUAACCAUUUUUUUCUCCCAAACAAUAUAUAAUAUAUACACACUCACACACACACAGGGGUUUAUUUUGUAGACAGUAAAAAUUAUCUGAAAUAAUUUCCCAUUUGUCAAAAAAUUAUAAUUUCUUGAUAAAUGUUUUUAAGAACCUAGCAGUUAUUUUAAAGCUGAAUUUAUUAAUAACUUCUAUGUUAAUAUUGGGUAGCAUGAAUUCUACAUUGAGACAGUGAUUAACUUAAAACUGGUAGCUGUGAAAUUGUCAAUGAAAAUUAUUUCUUUCUAAAGACAUAUAUUAGUUCUUGAAGAAUAGUCAUAGCUAGUUUAAGAUUUGUGUUUUAGUUUAAUAGUUUAAAGUGCCUGUUUGGGAUGAUGAUAGGCAUUUUAGAUGAAUUAGGAAAAACAAAGUUAUUACUGCAGAAAUGUCAAUUUCAGAAGGCCCACCCCCGCCACCCCAGUAGAGCGAAAUGAGUUAUAUGAUGUUUCAUCUGAAAGUUUCCAGUUCCACUGUCUUGUGUUUUCAUGUUGAAAAUACUUUUGCAUUUUUCCUUUGAGUGCCAAUUUCUUACUAGUACUAUUUCUUAAUGUAACAUGUUUACCUGGAAUGUAUUUUAACUAUUUUUGUAUAGUGUAAACUGAAACAUGCACAUUUUGUACAUUGUGCUUUUUUUGUGGGACAUAUGCAGUGUGAUCCAGUUGUUUUCCAUCAUUGGUUGCGCUGACCUAGGAAUGUUGGUCAUAUCAAAUGUUAAAUUUAAAAAUGACCACUCUUUUAAUUAAAAUUAACUUUUAAAUGUUUAUAGGAGUAUGUGCUGUGAAGUGAUCUGAAAUUUGUAAUAUUUUUGUCAUGAACUGUACUGCUCCUAAUUAUUGUAAUGUAAUAAAAAAUAGUUACGGUGAC